CAGUGACCACAUAGCACACUGUCAGUGGUGUCUUGGUUUAAAAAGUAGAUUCGAACUCGACAACAUGAAGGGAAACUAGGGUAUCAGAAUGUUUUCAAAAUUCAGAAUCAAAGUUUUUUUCCCCUCAUAUUGAGGAAGAAUAUUUAAUGGGACAGAGAAAAUUCAAUGUGGGACAGCAGUCAGACUUGCAGUGGCGGCAAGGAUGGCCAUCUUGAGGAAACUGAAGGUUCAUUGAUUGAGGAGAUCUGAGGUGCUUUAGGAGUUGUUAAGGCAACAAAUCGCUUUCCGCUCGAAAGGCCAAUGGAGCCAAGCAACAACUCUGUCACUAUAGCAACUGAGGCCAUUGCCAGCCCCCAGAGUUCCGUGUCCCAGGAAGACUGGGGGAGCGGGCUGUGGAUGGAGGGCUCUGGCUCUGACUCCGAUGACAGGGACAGUGGGAGGGUCAACUCUCCACCCAUGACCAGAGAGGCCACCAGGGCAGGACAGGAGGACACUUGGCCUGAUGUAACGCAGUCAGAGUGGCCCAUGGAGGAACCUUGUCAGGUGAUCAGCGCAGAAACCUCAGAUGGAUCAGACAGAGAGAUUGAGGCUUGUCACUUCCCUGAACCCAGUGCCAGCCAAAUCUGGCCAGCGGAAGGGGACAAUGAGGGAGACAGCAGGCAGGACCCUGAAGGGGAAGCCAGCACCCCAGGUACCUCUCAGUCUUCCCUUCAGCGACAACAGCAAGAUGGCUUUCUGCAGCAUGACACUGUUGCAGACAGCCAGCAGGGGGAGCUGCUGCUGCAGCGCCUGUGUCUGCUACAGCAGAAGCAGGAAGUGCAACAGGUGUUUGAGGGAUCUCCACCCUUAGCGACGGUUGCCCUGGAGCCUGCCAGUCAAAGGCCAGGCUGCCAUGGCUCCGCUUGUGUUGUUGUAAGGGAGUGGGCAGGGAGGAGGAGAGAAGGGGAGGAGAAAGGGAGCGAGCAAACGGGUGAAGAGGCGCAGCAGAGCGUCGCAGGGCUCCACACGGGCGAGGAAGCGAACGAGGAACAGAGGGAGAGUGGAGCGGAGAGCGCACAGAGAGGAGAGACGAAAGCAAACGGAGGAAGGGAAGGCCAGUCGAACCCCCCGGCUCACCGGAGAAGCAGCAGGAUGGAGGCCUCGAACGGCGAGGACAACCAGAGCGACAGCGGGGUCUCCGCCGACUUCUCCCCCGGCAGCACCGUGGAGCUCUGCCCCGCGCCCUGCGCCCCCCUGGAGGACCCCGACGCCUGCCCCGCGCCCCUGAACGAGACCCCCAUCGAGAGGGAGAUCCGCCGCGCGGUGGAGAGGGAGCAGAGCCUGCGGAGGUCCCGCGGCCUCGACAGGACCCAGGAGUUCGUGGAGAUCCCCCUGAGGAAGCCCGUUCUGUCCCGGGCCGUGCCCUCCAGGGCGGCGAAGGGGGAGGGCACGGACAGGCAGUUCGCCGGGAAGAAGAUGCUGAAGGAGAUCAGCGUGGAGGCCCAGAGGGAGGAGGUCCUGGUCCAGAUGGGCAAACUGCCCGGCGUCUACGACAAGGGCACCGUGCGCCAGCUGCGGGAGAAGAAGCAGCUGUUCGAAGCCUUCCAGGAGAAGAGAGAGCCGUCCGGCAGCCUGACGCCGCUGUCCAAGAGGCCCUCCUUCUCCGCCAACGACAUCUCUGCCGCGGGGUCCCAGACGGGUGACGGCCCGAACGCUGGGCCUGUCCUGGAGAGCGGACACGGCCUGGACCAGCUCGCCCAGAAGCAGGACCAGAAGCCGGGCUCAGCAGGCUACGGGGACGAAGACUUCGGCAACACGCAUCAGGGUCUCUGUGGCCCCACGCUAUCCGAAGGGACAAGCAGUCAGAUUAUCAUUUUGGAGAAUAACGUGUUCCUCCAUACGCCUGUCCCAAACCCGGACGGGCUCCGGCAUCCCUCCCACGGCACGGGGUCCCUGCCUGAGGCGCACGACGUGACGGUGGUGGAUUCGGGGACCGUGGGAGAGGGCCGGAGGGUCGUUGGGGAGGCUGAAGGAACGGAGGAAGCAGAGGAGGAAGAGGAGGAAGAGGUCAGCAUGGUCAGAGAGAACCCCUUUUUCAAGCUGCGCUCCUCCAUGUCGCUGCGGCCUGAUGUGGAGCAGGACAUCCAGGAGGGGAGGCAGCGGGAGAGGGAGCUGAGGAGGCAGAGGAGCAGUCUGUACGGGACCACGGGUGCAGGAGGGGGGCGGCCGGCCAGCACGGGGACCCGCAGCCCCACCCCCUCCCAAAACGGCCUCUCUGCAUCAGAGCUUCCCUCAUACACCACCUCCCCCACACCAUCAGCCCGGCAGUCGCUUGGGAAACUGGACCUGACCUGGCCCCCGGCCCAGCCCAGCGCAGAGGUGACGGGGCAGACUGAGGCCCCGAGGAGUCGGAGGAAGACGCAGCUCCUGCAACGCUGGGAGUCGGGCGUGGUGAACGGGCACGAGGAAGAGCAGGACUGAGGCUCGAGUCCCCCUGCAGGCCAGCAGAGGAACCGCAGCCCAUCUUCAGGCUCUAGAGUCCCCCUGCAGGCCAGCAGAGGAACCGCAGCCCAUCUUCAGGCUCUAAAGACCCCCCCGUCCCCCGUCCCCGUCCCCC